UAUUUCGGUAUAUUUGCGAAGGUCCGACGGUCACACUGGAUCCGAGCGUCGGAGAAAAAAAAUUGCGCUAGAAAUUUGCAAAGAAAAAUAGUUUGCCGGAAAAAAGCCACACGUUUUGGCAAUAUCCCGAUCGUCAACUGACGAACAAAGAGGCAACUAGACGCGUAGCAGCGUGUACAGCAUAGUGAUAAAGAAGAGGAGGGACAAGACACAGUUAAUUUUCCAACAACAAAUUGCAGCAACGACGAGCUGAAUACAAGAUGUCUGGCAUUGCCAUAACAAGAUUGGGCGAGGAGCGCAAGGCCUGGCGGAAGGACCAUCCGUACGGAUUUGUUGCACGUCCCGCCAAGAAUCCCGAUGGCACCCUCAACCUGAUGAUUUGGGAGUGCGCCAUUCCCGGCAAGAAGUCCACCCCAUGGGAGGGUGGCCUCUACAAACUCCGCAUGAUUUUCAAGGAUGACUAUCCGACCUCUCCGCCGAAAUGCAAAUUCGAGCCCCCGCUCUUCCACCCAAAUGUGUACCCGUCGGGCACUGUCUGCCUGUCGCUGCUGGACGAGGAGAAGGACUGGCGUCCGGCCAUCACCAUUAAGCAAAUUCUGUUGGGCAUCCAAGAUCUGCUUAAUGAGCCGAACAUCAAGGAUCCGGCACAGGCCGAGGCAUACACCAUUUACUGCCAGAAUCGCCUGGAGUACGAGAAACGCGUGCGCGCACAGGCCCGUGCCAUGGCCGCAACCGAGUAAAUCCGCUUUUCAAUCCACACCUAUGUAGACAUAACAAAUAACACAAAAAAAAAAACCGAUCACCAACAAACACACAACACACAAAACAAAAACA